GACGGGACUGAAACUGAGCGCACUCACCUCACCACCACCUUCUUCUCGGCCGAAACGUACGGUUCAACGUCGAGCGCUAGGUAUCGAGGCGAGGAGCAUUGACCAUGAGGAAGGUGUGCCCCAACCUAGACCGGGAGGACGGCCUCGACACCGUGCUGGAGGUGCCGGUCCCCGAGCUCCACCAGGAGGUGCCGGCCCGCCGGCGCCGCACGGUCAACCUGAAGGCGUGGAUGCGGACGCACAUGCACAUCGAUCACCAGCAUAUGCAUCGCCGUGACGGCGUGCAGGUCAUGCUCGGCGUGAUGGGCGCGCCGCUGGUGCCUCAGCCCGUGCAGCCCAGGAGGCCCAUGGGCGGACGUGACAGCAAGGAGGAGCCCCUGGAGCUAUCCAAGGCGAGGUAUAUAGUGGAGCAGUACGUGGCGGCUGCCGGCGGCGAGGCGGCGCUGAGCGCGGCGACUAGCAUGUUCGCCAUGGGGAAGGUGCGGAUGAGCAGCACUACAUCCAAGAGCAGCAAGGCAACAAAGAAGGGAAUGGGAGAGGUGCACGGAGGAUUUGUGGUGUGGCAGAAGAAGCCGGAGCUCUGGUGCGUGGAGAUGGUCGUGGCCGGUGGCACCAAGAUGAGCGCCGGCAGCGACGGCAAGGUUGCCUGGCGCCAGACGCCGUGGCAGCAGCAGGCCCACGCCUCCCGGGGGCCGCCGCGACCGAUCCGCAGAUGCGUUCAGGGUUUGGACCCAAAAUCCACGGCGGACCUCUUCUCCAGCGCCGCGUCUGUCGGCGAGGAAGCAGUCGACGGCGAGGACUGCUUCGUGCUCCGCGUCGACGCGGAACCCUCCGCUCUGCACGCUCGCAGCGGCGCCGACGUGGAGGUGAUCCGGCACGCGCUAUGGGGAUACUUCAGCCAGAGGACGGGGCUGCUCGUCCGUCUCGAGGAUAGCCACCUGCUGCGCAUCCCCAGGCCGGCCGACGCAGCUUACGCGAGCAUGUACUGGGAGACCACCAUGGCGUCCACCAUCGGCGACUACCGCCCCGUCGACGGCAUCAACAUCGCGCACGCCGGCCGCACCGUCGUCUCGGUGUCCCCCUUCACGAGGGCCGCCGGAGCAGUAGACGACGCCGACGCGCGCAGGAAGAGACCGUGCACGUGCAUGGAGGAGACGUGGAGCAUCGAGGAGGUGGAGUUCAACAUUGCGGGGCUGUCCACCGAGUGCUUCCUGCCUCCCAGGGACCUUGUGCUCAGCGACUCCAAAGACCAGCCGCGGCACAACAAGGAGCAAGGCGAUAAGGCGGCAAAGGGUGCUCGGGACGGCGACGGUGGCUGCGGGAUCCGCGCGGCUGUGCCAAAGAAGGCACUUGUUCCGGUUGUGACUGGACUAGGUUGGUUUGGUCCGGCCAAGGUUGCCGCGGUUGACAGCUUAGACGCUGCCGACGAGUCCAAAGACACCACGUACGCAUCCACAAGAUGAGAUGGAGCCGUAUGUAAGGCGGCAUAAUAGGCACUAGCUUGACGGAGGCGCGCUUUGCCGCGCCCGUCAGCAAAUUUAUUUAUUUUUUGAGGUUCCGUCAGCAAAUUUGAGAUGUACUACUUCGUUUCUUUCUCUACGAUGGACAUCCAAAAGCUUCGUGUAUGCAUCAAUUACAAGUGAAACACAGGAAAACGUCUUCA